AAAACCGUACUUGGUAGAUUUCGUGUAACACAGCUCUGGCUACACUCAAUUACUGUGGCUGUCUGGUUGUCAAACAAAGAGAAAAUAUAUAUUUUUUCCUUAAAAUCUAUUGUAUUUUGUGCUGUCUGAUAGUUUUAUACGUUAAGAUCGCAUAAUCAACCAGGCAAACUGGAUUGAAGAAAAUGAUGGAUUCGGACUCGUCCGGCGCGGACUUCUGCCGGUUCUGUCGUUCAGAGGCUUCGUCUGACAGACCGCUGUUCCACCCGUGUAUCUGCACGGGUUCAAUAAAAUGGAUUCAUCAAGAAUGUUUAGUGCAGUGGAUGCGAUACUCCAGGAAAGAGAUUUGCGAGCUAUGUGGCCACCGAUUUUCUUUUAUGCCGAUAUAUUCCCCGGACAUGCCUCGCAGGCUGCCCAUUCGCGACGUGGUGGGCGGUUUGGUGACGUCGGUGGCGUCUGCUGUGAAAGACUGGCUACACUACACAUUGGUAGCACUGGCUUGGCUCGGCAUCGUGCCGCUUACCGCCUGCAGGACCUACCGCUGUUUGUUCUCAGGCUCCUUGGACCCAGUGAUUUCAUUACCCUUUGACAUAGUAUCUGCUGAAAACCUAGCUAAAGAUAUCUUCUCUGGAUGUUUUGUGGUAACAUGUACACUGUUCUCUUUUAUUGGUCUUGUUUGGCUAAGAGAGCAGAUCAUGCAUGGUGGUGGCCCAGACUGGAUGGAAAGAGAGAACCUGCCAGCCCCACCUCCUGAAGACCUUCCUCUGCAAGAUAAUAACAAUGACAGAGUGAAUAAUGGACCAGGGGAUGGUGAAGUUGGUAUAAGAGAUGAAGUCAAUGCUGAAGUUGGUGAGGACCCUUUGGUUGGAGAUGAAGCAAACUGGAACCCAAUGGAAUGGGAUCGUGCAGCUGCUGAGGAGCUGACAUGGGCCCGUUUGCUUGGCUUGGAUGGGUCAAUGGUAUUUUUAGAACAUGUAUUUUGGGUGGUCUCCCUGAAUACACUGUUUAUAGUGGUGUUUGCAUUCUGCCCAUAUCAUAUUGGAAGGUUGGGAGCCGCUAUGGCAGGGCUGACAGCCGAGGGUCCAUUUGCGGGUCCAUUGACUGCUCUAGCAGGGUAUGUGUUGGUGGGGGCUAUACUGGCAGUGUUACAUGGCAUGGCAUCCCUGCUGCGCCUGAGAAGUGCUAAGAAGGCACUGGGAUUCUGUUAUGUAGUUGUGAAAGUGGCACUACUGUCCGUUGUUGAGAUUGGUGUGAUUCCACUGGUAUGUGGCUGGUGGCUGGAUCUCUGUUCCUUAUCAAUGUUCGACGCUACGCUAAAGGACAGAGAGUCGAGUUUGCAAGCCGCUCCAUGGACGCUCAUGUUCAUACAUUGGCUGGUCGGAAUGGUAUAUGUGUACUAUUUCGCGUCCUUCAUUCUCUUGCUGAGAGAAGUACUAAGACCUGGCGUACUGUGGUUCUUGAAGAAUUUGAACGAUCCCGAUUUCAGUCCUGUGCAGGAAAUGAUACAUUUAUCAGUGUGGUCUCACAUUCGACGGCUCGUGGUGUCUGCAAUGAUCUUCGGCACGGCUGUACUGUUCAUGCUAUGGCUGCCUAUCCGGGUGAUCAAGUAUGUACUGCCCGGGUUCCUGCCGUACGCUGUGGCUGUCCAUUCCGAUGCCCCGGUCAAUGAACUCAGUUUGGAACUGCUAUUGUUACAGGUGAUUCUCCCAGCGUUGUUGGAGCAGUCGCACACUCGUACAUGGCUGAAGGCGGGAGUGAGGGCGUGGUGCGCAUGCGCGGCCGGAAUCCUUGGGCUGCGCUCCUAUUUACUGGGAGAGAUGCGACACGACCAGCCGAUGCCUCAUCCACCACGUCCUCCACACCAACUUGGAGCUGCUCAUCAGGCUUUGAUGCGUCGUGACGGACCAGCAGGUUUCGAGCCUUACGUCCGGGUAUCUUGGUUCCCACUCCGGCUGGGUGCCUUGUUGGUACUGGUCUCCAUGUCACUCGUCAUGGCCAGUGCACUUACCUUGGUGAUUCCUGUCGCUAUUGGAAGACGAGUGAUGGCGUUGUGGCUGCCCAAGGCAUCGGAUGGAGUUCACGAAUUGUAUACUGCGGCCUGUGGUAUGUACGUAUGCUGGGCGGUGGGUCGGGGCGGCACGCUGGCGGCGGGCUGGGCGCGCGGGGGCCGCGCCAUGCUGGCGGCGCGCGCCGCGCUCUGGGCCCGCGUCGCCGCGCGCGCCGCGCUCGCUGCACUGGCGCUACUGGGACUUGUACCGCUCAUGUUUGGCUUGCUACUUGAAUUGGUACUAGUGAUUCCACUUCGCGUGCCAAUCGAGCAGUCCCCGGUACUGUUUGUAUGGCAGGAUUGGGCGCUGGGUGUGCUAUACACGAAGAUAGUUUGUGCUCUUACAAUGAUGGGCCCAGACUGGGCCAUGCGACGAGCUAUUGAGAAGGCGUAUCGAGACGGAAUCAGAGAGAUGGACCUCAAAUUCAUCCUGCGCGAGAUAGCGGCGCCGUGCGUGUGCUGGCUGGGGCUGGCGCUGGCCGUGCCGUACGCGCUCGCGCACUCCGUGCUGCCGCUCGUCGUCGCCGCGCCCGCCCAGCGCAACCUGCUCGCGCGCCGCGUCUACCCCGCGCUACUGCUCACCGCGCUCGUGCUCGCGCUCACCGUCUUCCAGAUACGUCAGUUCCGCAAGCUAUACGAGCACAUAAAGAACGACAAGUACCUCGUCGGGCAGCGACUCGUCAACUACGACCACAGGCGACACAAACAACAACAGAGCACCGUCCCCGCCAACUGAACAAUGACGUCAUCACUGUGACGUCACUCGUGACAGGGCGUGUGAUAGACACCAUCGAUCUCUGUAAUUAUUACCCUUCUUAUAAGCGAAACUUUGUUUUAUAGGGAUCUUAGGGCAACCUCGCUAAGUGAUCAUUUCGAACGGUAAAGUCGAGGGUUAAACUUUAAAUUAUAAUUUUACGCGGUGGAGGUCAGCAUUUUAAUGUUCGUAGAACAGUAAUAUGCGAAAAUGAGUUUUAGCACCCAUAAUACCACGGUGCAAAGUCAUUUGAAUUAGUCGUAUCACUACUACAUGUAUCUUGUAAAUAAAAAUGUUUUAGUCACUUAACUUUUAAACAACAAUGUUGGCAUUCCUUGUAUAGAAACGUUAGAUCUCAUGGCCACACUAUUUAUUGGAGCCAAGCUAAGUAAAUAGCACUUUGUGAAUCGUCUCUUCACACUGCCUCUGUCACGGACCGGAACGUUUUCUUAAGUUUAAGUAUCGAUAUCCACUCGAUUGUAUGUGACUACUCGAUAAACAUGUGGAACUUUUACCAAAAAUAGCUAAAGAAAAUCACUAAAUGUUAGAAAUCGAUUAUGCUUAAUCGAGUGAAAUUUUAAUCGAUUAUGGAGUUGUUUGAAAAUAAAAUCGAUUUUAAAUCGUAGUUAGAAUUAAAAGCUUGAGCCUAAUUAGUAAUUCACGUGGUGAUAAUCGAUUAAACUUUUAUCGAUUAAGAGUCGAUCGUUCGCAUUUAUUUUAAGUCAAUUGGCAUGAAAUUUAUUUUUAUGUGAAAAAAGAUUAUAAAUAAUUAUUUAAAAGACACGAAAGUGAGAGAGAAUUGGGUUUAUAUCGACUAGACACGUUUUAAUUGCCACAUGUUUCUAUUUAAGUACAACCUUUACUGAAAGGGAGCGGUGUGCAUGGGCUGUAUAAAAUAAAAUCAAAUUUAAAUUCAGAACAUAACCUGAAUCGUACUAAAUUAAUCUUGAUGCAAGUAAUUUUAAGGUUGAAAAUGCCACUAAAUUAUUUUUGAAUGCACAUAAUCGCUCCCGUACUUACAGCAUUUUUUUCAUAAGACGCUUUUUCAUUGUGCAAGUAACUAGCCAGUGUAUAGAAUCACAUAUUUUCUUAGAUUAAUUAUGAUGUAUGGCUUGCUUACGUAACUGGUUAACGAGGUAACCGGAUCAGUUUCGAGUCACGCUAGAGCCCAUGCGGUGAAACUAGUCGGCUUACCUCGAACAGUUACGUGAUUAAUACGUACGACAUAAUUUAAUAUCUCAUAAAACAAUUUUCUUAGACUUAUUUUACUUGUUAUUAUUAAUUAUUGUAAUAUUUUUGUGGUCUAUUUUAAAGGGCCUGACAUGUUAUUUUGCCAAUGUAUAUUAAAAUAUUGUUAUAAUGCUUCCGUUGUAAUCGUUCCCCCAAUUAAAUCCCAAGACGUUACUUGCACAUCAAUAAGUUGUGUAGAAACUUCUAGAAAAAUGAAGUAAUUCAGUUCCAUAUUUAGAUUCAAUAAUAUACAGAGUUUGGGGAUAGGAUUAUUUACUUCUUUCUGUGAAAUGAUGAAAACAUAACCUACUUGGAAGAAAGGAAGGUGCAAUAUUUUAACUCUAAAAUUUUUAAAGUUGUUCGUUAUAAUGAACAUAGAACAACCAGCCAAGUUAUUUGAUGCUAAGAUCAGCCCUAAAUGUAAGAAAAAAAAG